GAAAUACAAUGUAAUUGAUGAUUUUUCGAAAUGGGAGAUAUAUAGAUAAUAAACAGUAUAUUUUGUGUAGAUUUGAAAGCACUUUCAUCACUAUAACUGACUUUGUAUUUCGUCCUCUUUAAAGUUGUAUCUCCUUUUCGGGCUCGCAGUCGCAUUCGCAAGUACCGUUGAGGCUCUGCAUGGACAGUGUAGGGAAGGAUUGUCACUGGAACCCAAACUGGAUGAAUGCAGCAGCUACCUUGUAUACAUCCGACCGUGGUUUUACCCUACACAUCUUGUGAAGGGUCAGGGGGCGGAGCUACUUGGUGAUAGGAGGUGAAAGAGGGCGGGGACACUGCUUUCUCAGAGAUGCAAGAGGAGGGUAGACCACACUAUCUCAAGCAUCAUCUUGGGAGUGUCAGGGGUGUGGCUUUCUGUCCUAAGGAUAGGUAUCUCUUCUGUUCCGGAGCAUUUGAUGGCAGAGUGAACCUGUAUACAGCACAGAAAUGUGCCUUGCUUCAAAGCUACUCUGUGACAACAUUUAGUCUUGCCAGAAAUAUCAAUGCUGUGAGGUUCACAUGUGAUGGAAGAAAGAUUUUAGCCACCACGACCGCAGGACGGCUGGCAGUGGUGGAUGUAGAAACAGGAGCACAGCUUUUGACAUAUGAUAGCUGUGCUUUUAAUGGCAGAGAUAGAACUGGGUUAGCAGUGGAUCCCAAGUGCCCUCACACUGUAGUUUGUACCUGUGUCAACGGAAAGGGGUUGGCAGUAUUUGACCUCAGGAUGUCAAUUCCACUAUUAUAUGUCUAUGAUUUACAUUGUGAUGUCAUACGUGAUGUCAGCUUUCUGUCUGAUAGCUGGCCUUGGUGUUCAGGGGAAACCACUUUUGUAACUGCUUCAAUAGAUGGACAUGGGAAGGUUGUGACGAUAGAUGGACGAACCCUCCUUGACAUUCCUGCUGGUGCUACACUCCAUUCAGUAUCUCCUACCCCAGGCCCUUACAAUGCAAUGGCUGAAGACGGCUUCUCAAGUGUAAUUAUGCUAGGUGGAAGUGAAGUUUGUGCCUACUUGCCAGAUGUAGGUGUUCAAGAGACACUCCGGGAGAACGGUGAUGAAUCAAUAUGGAAAAUCAGGUAUACUUCAAAUGGCAGUAUGUUGUAUACAGCAUGUGAAAAGGGAGUCGUUAGAAGAUAUAGACGAUAUCCUGAUUAUCAUAAGUACCUUGGAGAAGUAUUCAGACACAAAGCUGACGUGCAAGACAUGGAUAUAUCACCCUAUGAUGAAUAUUUAGUUACAGCAUCCAAAGAUCGUUCCGUAGGGGUGGUCAGGUUAGGUUUACCCAAUCAUGGAGGCACGGAAUACAGCGAGCUAACGUGAUUUGCACAACUGGACCUCAGUCCCAGCUAGCAGCAUUCCUUCUUUUGUAUAUGUCUGUACAUAACAUUCUAUUUGUGCAUUCGGACUGUGGAGACUCCGUGAAACCUGGGAGGAAAAUUGCGUUGGAUAGAUGGAGAUUUGUUGAUGGAGGCUCAAAGGCUUCAGGACUCGGGGCAUCUAUGCGAUGGAAGUGCAGGUGAACCAGAAUAAAAUGGAGCAUGGGAUUUCAGUCUUCGCAUUUUGGUUCAAUCCAUCAAGUGAACAAUGAAUUGUUUUAAUCUUCUUGGUUGUUGCAGAUAAUGCAGAGUGCAUUCAAACUCAAUGGCCCAAAUUCACAAAGAUGGUUUUGAAAACCCACAGUUGAGUCCAUGUUUUAUGCAGAUUUCC